GGUCCCAGGGAUCGAACCCACUACCCUGGCGUUACAAGCACCGUGCUCUACCAGCUGAGCUACCAGCUGAGCUACGGAAUAAUGCAAUCCAUUGUGAAUGUUAUGUGUUUCAAAUUGAUUAUUGAAAUGGAUUUUAGUAUGGAUUUUUUCUUCUUCUGAUAAUGCAUUGAAGAAAAACAUGUUCUUUAGUAGUAUGUUAAUUCAACCAUGUUGAAUUAACAUACUCUCCUCUCAAUUACGCCACCUAGCUGUGAGAGGAGAUUUUGCAGUCUGGAAACUCCCAAACAAAUGUUCCAGUUUUAGUUCUGUUCUUCAUGGCUGUGGAUGUUUGCGUUUGAUGACCAUUUGUGGCUCCAUUAUUGUAAUUCAGGUUUUUAAAUUUAAAAGUAACACUAGGUGACAAUUGUUUCAACUCUGUACUAUAUCUUGCUGUCUGAUUCGUUAUGUGUUUUGUUCUAUCAUAAUUUUUUUAUUUUGUUUCUGAAAGACGGAAUAAAAAAAAAUGUGUACAGUUUAAUAAAGUUAAUGUUUGUGUCAAUAUUAACUCUAAUAUAAUAAUACAAAAGGUAGUGUUUUCAUAAGGAUACGCAUUAUGUAAUGCCACUUUGUCUGUCAUAUAUAGGUACAGGGGGCUGGGGGGGGGGGGGGGGGACUUUAGACUAUCACAAUUUUGAGGAUGUAAAGUCAUUGGUAGUUGUUAGUAUGUUUGUGUACAUUGACGUAAAUGAGCAAUACAAGAAAUUACCAAAACUCUGUUUCACAUUUCCUUGUAUAGUCGCAUAAUGUAAAUUAAACAUCAACAGUAAUAAUAAUAAUUAAUACUAGUACUAAAGCUUAUAAUAUGGAAAAAUUCAAAUCAAUAUUUGUAUUUUAAAAAUACUGUAUUUAAAAUAUUAAAUUCUAUUUUUCACUCAAUUUGCUGAUGUUUGUUGAUACUCAUUUAUUUUUCGUGUGGGUUUAAGUCUAAUGGCUGUGAAUAUCUGUGUUUGUACUGUUUUUUGGUAAGCUACAAUGGUUCAUUUGAUGUGACUGUCUAAACAAAAUGUUCAUAAUUAAAUCACUGUGAAGACAAAUGCUACACUGCAGGAAACAAGGGGUAGAUUCAAAUAUUGUAGGUGCUUUGUGGUUUGUAAUAAAUUAGCAGACACCAUCACAUAUCAUUGGUCUCGUACGUCUUCUGUCAUGAUUUGUUUGUUAGAAUGUUUGUCUGUCUGCUGCUGUCCUGUUUCCCAGUCAUGUUAAACAAUAUUUCCUGUCCUGCUCACCAAAGGUCAUCGGUCAGAUAUAACCACAGACAUCCUAUUAAAUUAGUUAUAAUAUGUAAGUCCAUGGACAUAACUGCAUAAUGCAGAUUCUCAGCAAACAUGUACCCCUCUGCAGAGGUACAAGAUCAUAUCAGAUUUCAUCAAGAACCCCAAUUUGAAAGACAUUAGUACUAAAUACAAAAAGUUCACAAACGGACUAUCUCCCAUACCAACAGUUUACCAUCAACACUUUAGACAUGCAUCCUACAUAGCCUCAUGCACAGAGAUCGCUAUGACCUAUGGCUAUACCUCAGUCCAUCACCAUUUACAGCAGGAGGCACAGUAUCUAUCUAUGUGGCCAAUGGGCUUGAACCUGGGUCAUCUGUGGAAGAUUAUAUUAGCCCUCUCAGCUAAAAACCUAGGCAUGUUUUUGAUUUAAAUGAAAAUAGCACAUUAUCUGCCAAACUCUGCCUCUCUCAUUGACACCAAUGGAACCUAAAGAUGUGCUCGGGUCUCUCGGUUUUGAUUGGUUGGAUCAGAGAGGAUCUUGCUGAGACUGUCCUCUCAUUGGACACUGGAAGAAGUGCAACAGCUUUUGCUUCCCAUUUGCAGUGCUUUAAUUACAUAUAGUUCCGCAUUAUAAAAUCAUUCCAGUUUCAAUGUAUAAUUUGUAGGUCCCUAUCUGGAAUCCUUGGGACGUCCAACUCUGACGUCACCCCAUUGAAGUUGACAUUUAAAACGCUUCAAUGGGUUAAAUAGUUCACAUAUGGGAUCUGGAAAGUUAGUGCUAGGUGAGAGGUGGGAGAGAUACUUGGCAAGGAUGUUUGGGAAGGCUGUUUGGGGAACGGUCUGUUUGCAGCUGUAUCCCUAAAAUCAGUGGGGAAACAUUCCAAGGGCACACAGCUGUAGAACGAUGGACACGUCAGAGGUGGAGGAACUGCUGUCUCCAACUAAAGAGUUUCUACUCACAUACUUUAUGCCAGAGAAAUGUUACAACUACUUUUUUGUCGACUUAAACUUUCUUCACGUGCCAUGCUGGAAGAUAGUUCUGAGCCAAACUGUGGGAGUGUGGAUCAUUCUUGGGACUGUGAUGGCGCAGCUCCCUCAGCUGUGGAAGGUACUGAGGGCCAGGAGUACAUCAGGGAUCAGUUGGUGGGCUGUCCUACUGCAGGUCUAUGCCAUCACAGGUCCUGUGGUCUACUGCAUCACCAACAACUUCCCCCUUGAAGCUUGGGCAGAGAGACUAUUCAUGUUGAUGCAGUGUUUGACCAUGAGCUUCCUCAUCCAACACUACAGUGGUAACACCCUCAAAGGUAUGGUAUUCCUCUUGGCCUACAGUGGUGUAAUGUUGCUCCUGACCUCUCCUCUGGUCGCUGAACACGUCAUCCCUGCGAUGCAGGCCUCCAGCACGCUGGCUGUUGUUGCUAGCCGGGUGAUCCAGGCAGGGACUAACUACUACCAUGGCAACACCGGCAUGCUGUCACCUCUGUCUGUGUUCCUGGUCUUCACUGGCUCCCUGGCUCUUAUCUUCACCUCUAUACAGGAAACUGGAGACUGGAGCUCUGUCUCUACUGUGACCCAUGUAGUGGCUGCCUGUCUCAGCUGCCUGCUCCUGAACCAGGUGGUUUGUUACAGGAAUAGCAGUACUAAAGACAAGACAGAGUAGUGGUCAAGCACAACUCAAUCCAAGGACCCACUGUUAUAGUAAAUGGGAUACAUUUAUAUAUGUUAUUUCAAUCAUUCCAUUGUGCGUGUGCAUGUGUAGUAUGGCAAGGUUUGUUAAGUUUCAGGUCACAUAAUAAAAUGUAAUACUCUAUAAACUAUAUUACUAUAUAAACGGUAUAUAUAUUUGUACUGCCAGUAAUUGCCUUGUUGCUCGGAGACCAAAGUGUACUGUGAUUCUCAUUCAUACCUAUCUUGCUGCAGAAGGAUAAUCUUCCAAUAAAAAAAGAAAAUAACCUAAUUA